CCACUCUCUGUCUGGACAUCAACAGAUGAAGCAGCUCGCUCUGCUCAGACACUCGUUCAUCUGUCCUGACAGAGUCUGACUCUGAGGAAUCAUUAUCAUCAUGUCUUCAAACUCAAACCUCACGACAAUGAAGCGCACUGUGGAGCAGCUCAAACUCGAAGCUAGCGUUGACAGAAUCAAAGUUUCUCAAGCCGCUGCGGAUCUACAGCAGUACUGCCUCCAGAACGCCAGUAAAGACGCUCUUCUGGUCGGCGUCCCAGCUGCGAGUAACCCGUUCAGAGAGCCGCGCUCAUGUGCCCUGCUCUAGAACACAGGAGAAAGGAGGAAGGUCAAUGGAACACUGAUCUUUUAUAUUAUGCAACAACAUGAAAUGAAACUUCAGUGCAAAUCUGAGAAUACCGAUGCCUUAAAUGUCAUAUUUUGUAUAUUUGUCUCAUUUCUAAAUAUUCAGCUUUUUUUGGUUGAAUGUUAAAUAAUUAUUUGAAACUGAAGCAUUGAUCUUUAUGAAGGAUUUGGAUUUAUCUAGAAUAAAUUAUUAUUAUUAUUUUAAGAAAAAACUUUUUUUGUUGUUCAAAUUAAGUGAGUUAAUUGUGAUAUGUCCAGCCAAUGCAAAAAAAACAAAAACAACUAGUAGUCCUAGUAGUCAAUGAUUUGAAAAUGCAAAAUAAAUAUCUAUUUAUUUCUAUAUCUGUCUGUCAAUACAAAUGCAUGUCCUGUUUCUA